AUGCGUGGAUUUCUGUUACUUUUCCUGAUUGCUUCUGCUUCGGCAGCCAAAUUGGGCUAUAAUUAUCAAGCUGCGGCUGGCGACCGUCGUUUUGCAGGACUCAUCGAUGCGGAGGCCACCGGAUUUAGCUCCACAUCCACGCAGCAGCAGCAGCAGCAGCAGCAGCAGCAUCAGCAACAGGAGCUUGUGCAGCAGAAUACGCAACAACAGACUCCAGCUGCUGCAGAUGAGUUCAGCAAGGAGUUUUACACCUACGCUGCGCCCGAGGAGGAGUUUGCGGAUCGCGAGGCCACCGAGCACAUCGCCAGCAUGCUGAAACGCAAUCUCCGCGUGCUGUUCAUCAAGUCGCCGGAACACCAGGGUCUCACCAACGCAGCCCUCCAGUUGGCCAAACAGGCCAGCGAGCAGCGAACGGCCAUCUAUGUGCUCAGCAAGCAGGCGGAUGUGGCCCAGUUGGCCCAGCGGCUGGCCAAUGAGAAUCAGGCCCAGAGUCACAAGCCGGAGGUGCACUUCGUCAAGUAUCGCACCCCGGAGGACGCGGUGCGUGCCCAGCAGCUCAUUCAGCAGCAGUUCGACUCCUUGGGCGGCAGCUCCCGCAGCUCCGACGAGGGCAUCGCACCUGUUUUGGACUUUAGCUCUGCACCGGCUGCCAUUAACGUUCAGGAGCAAAAUGAGGCCCAAAAUCAGGUGCAGGCCGUCACUCCCCUCACAAAGUAUUUGCCAGCGGCGUUGCUGCGCAGAAAGUAG